AUGUCCGCAGCAGUAAUUUCCACCGACGACGAGUUCGAACCGAGCCUACAGUCGAUCCUUGACCAGAAGACGCUGCGAUGGAUCUUUGUCGGCGGUAAAGGUGGUGUAGGCAAGACGACAACCUCGUGCUCGCUCGCCAUCCAGCUCGCCAAAGUGCGCCGGUCUGUCCUGCUCAUCUCGACCGAUCCUGCACACAACCUCUCGGAUGCCUUCUCGCAAAAGUUUGGCAAGGAGGCGCGCCUGGUCGAGGGUUUCUCGAACCUGAGCGCCAUGGAGAUUGACCCCAACGGGAGUAUCCAAGACCUCCUGGCAAAUGGCGACGAAUCCGACAACAAUCCGAUGGGCGGUAUGGGUGGCAUGAUGCAAGAUCUGGCAUUCGCUGUGAGUAUCCACGAUGUGAAGAAGGCUUGCGCUUACACUCACGAUGUACAGAUACCCGGCAUCGACGAAGCCAUGUCGUUCGCCGAAGUCCUGAAGCAAGUCAAGUCGCUAUCCUACGAGACCAUUAUUUUCGACACGGCACCCACGGGUCACACACUGCGCUUCCUUCAAUUCCCCUCCACUCUCGAGAAGGCUCUGGCCAAGGUCUCCCAACUCUCCAGCCAAUAUGGACCCCUACUGAACGGCUUCCUCGGCUCGCAAGGACAGCUUCCCAACGGACAGAAUCUGAACGAGAUGAUGGAGAAGCUGGAAGGCCUUCGCGAAACGAUCUCUGAAGUCAACACGCAGUUCAAGGACGAGAACCUGACUACCUUCGUCUGCGUAUGCAUAGCCGAGUUUCUCAGCCUGUACGAGACGGAACGAAUGAUCCAGGAGCUCGGCAGCUACGGCAUCGACACCCACUGCAUCGUGGUGAACCAGCUCCUAUUCCCAAAGGCAGGGAGCGAGUGUGACCAAUGCAAUGCGAGGAGGAAGAUGCAGAAGAAGUACCUGGAUCAGAUUGAGGAGCUCUACGACGAGUUCAACGUUGUCAGGAUGCCGCUCCUGGUGGAGGAGGUCCGCGGCAAGGAGAGACUCGAGAAGUUCAGCGACAUGUUGAUCCACCCCUAUGUACCUCCGGAGUAG